GCGGAAAUAUCUCAAGAGAAACGAGUAAAAUAUACAGAUCCAAAUUUUGAGGAAACAGUACUACGUUGGUUUGAGGAAAUCGAUAGCGAAUAUGAAGAAAAUGUUAGUGAAUGAAGUGACGAUGAGCAUAAUUGGCAAGCUACGAAUAUUAUUAUAAGAAUGGUUUCAGGUGGAGCAUGGACGAACCACCCAAAACUAAAACUGCUUCUCGAAAUGUAGUAGUAAAAGUGCCUGGAAUAAAAGGCAACGUAAAACACAUUGCAAAUGAAUUACAAGCAUGGCAAACUCUUUUUCAAACCCCUAUGAUUGAUAGCAUUGUAAUUUACACAAAUUUAGAAAUUUCUAGACAAAUAGUUAAAAUUACAAGGAUGCUAGGUUUGUUGAUCCUACUGACUCAGUGGAAAUAUUAGCUUUGAUAGGACUUCUAUACAUAUCAGGAGCUCGAAAAGAUGCACAUCUAUCUAUUUGCGAAAUGUUUUCC